AUGCAGCGACCGGGCGGUUCACAGGGCCUGGCUCUACUAUUGGUCCAGCGCACCAUCAAUCAACCGGAGACAGCGCCGGUAGGGUGGGGAAAAAAGUAUAUUGGGAAUUUGCCCGCCCUUUGUGUACCUCAGGCAGUGGGUUACCCACGGGAUGCUGGACAUCUUGAGCAAAGGCAUAUAAGGUGCCCGAGUAACCCAGCGGAUCAGUACCUGUUGCCUGACCUGCUGCGUUACUCAGGCAAUGGUUUUCCGCCCGGACCCGGGCCGUCCCUUCUGUUGGUCGGGGCGGGAGCCCCGGCUUUGCCUUUGUAUUCGCGGGCGAAUGAAGAGGAUCUGACUGGUUCCUCCCAAUCACACUGGAGGAUGAAUUACUUCGGGGUGCUGAGUCUUGCUACCUGUGGAAUGGCCAGGGGUUCUCUGAAACAGUGCAAUGGUGCACUCCUGAAAGAGCUGGUAUCCUUACAACACAGUUACUGUACUUCCCUGUGCCUCCAUUGCCAGAAAAAGGACCAAAACAAAUAUGAGAAAGAAGACCAUAAGAAAUAUGCCUCCUUGGUCCGCUCUGUUGUCUCGACGAGAGUCAGUCCGCAGACUCCUGAGACCCUGCUGGGAGAGGAUGCCCUUUUGUAUGGACCUGUCAUCAAAUCAAAGCCGGCUAGGGAAGAGCCGGCACCCGAGAGCCUCCUGAAUCUGCCUCCGUUCCUGAACGGUGAACGGCGCUGUCCUGAGCGUGAGCCAGAAGCUGUUGUCCAGCCACCGCUGAGGAUUCCUCUGCAGAGGAACAGCACCAUGGCCAGGCUGCCCAGCGUGACGCAGAUCCUGCGGCUGACCAUGAGCUUGGAGCAAGCCUUUUAUCUGGAAAGAUGGAGACGGAGGAUGAUGAAGGAGUUGGGCCCAGAUGGCUUUAAAGCGUACACUGAAAACAUUCUCAGUCGAGGGCAGCUUUUCCAUUCUGCUUUAGAGGAUGCUCUGCUGUCAUCCAAAAUUCCGCAGACCAGCAAUGAGGAUGUAGCAGGGUACCUGCAAAGUGUAAAGAGUGUCCUGGAAGACGUUAAAGGAACCAGAGUAUUGGAGAGUGCGGUGAAUCAUCUGCCUUUACACUAUGUAGGCCUGGUGGACUGUGUGGCUGAGUAUCGGGGCAAGCUGUGCGUCAUUGAUUGGAAAACCUCGGAGAAACCAAAGCCUUAUUUUCGAAACACCUUCGACAACCCGCUGCAGGUGGCAGCGUAUGCUGGGGCCCUCAACCACGACAACAACUAUGACUUCCAGGUUGAGCAGGGACUAAUCGUGGUGGCCUACAAGGACGGCAGGCCGGCACACGCACACUUCAUGGAGCCAAAGCUGCUUCUCACUUGCUGGCAGAGGUGGCUGCUUCGGCUGCAGAAGUACCAGGAGAAGAUUGGCACUCCCACGUGAGAGGAGCGAGUGACUGGGAAACCAACACCAUGGCUCGGUCCCCAAAGUGACUCCUGAUACAGCACGAGUCAAAUCAUUAAAUAUAAUCGAGAACAAGUUCGAGAUUUUUCUGAGAGGUCAAGGGAUAUGGAGAGGUAGCAAGAACAGGACAUUUGGAUGAAUAGCCACAGUUAUAUUGAAUGGUAGAGCAAGCUUGAAGAGCUGAAUGGCCUACUCCUGUUCCUGUUUCCCUAUUACAUCAGUUCUAGGGUACUUUGAACCAGCCUGAGCAUGUGAGGAGACAGAUAUCAAACCAUGUCUUUCCAUCUGUUGACAGCACUAUUAUUACUAGCAACCUUCCCUAUGUACCGUUUCUAUUACUGUAUCCUCGACCAGCAGUCACCAUGAACUGUUAAGGUUUGGUGACAUCAUUGGUGGAUAUAGACUGAAGCCCAAGACUCAGUCGUGGAGUAGUUGCAGCAGCCCACCAAAUCCACUGCUGUCAAAACGGUAAUAAAUAGAUGUUUAUCUGACUGGCAAAGCAGAAGAACACAUACUUCAACGUCUCUGCUUUUAUUAGGGGCAAGGUUUGUCAGUGUAAGUGAAGUGUAAAGAAACUGCUUUAUGAUGUGUGCCCUGAAGCAAUCCAAACACUUUCAGCAGAAAGACAAGGAAAGGGCCGCUGAGCCUAAUGAGACCAUACCAGCUCUACGUGAGACCAAUCCAUCCAGUCCCAUUCUACAACCUGUCCCCAUAACCCUGGAGAUGGUUUCCUGUUAGAUGUAUCUUGCUCUACAAUUGAAGCGGCCACUACUGUGUCUACUGUAUUCAUAUCCUGAUGACUCACUGCAUAAAGUUGUCUUCUCUUAUCACUUGAUUCAUUUGUCUUUCAUUUUCAAUCUGUACUCAGUGGUCACUUUAUUAGGUGCCUCCUGUAGCUAAUGAAGUGGUCACUGAGUGAAUGUUCAUGGGCUUCUGCUGUUAGAGUCCAUCUGCUUUGACAUUCAACAUGUUCUGCAUUCCAUGAUGCUCUUCUGCCCACCUCUGUUGUAAUGUGUACUUGUUUGAGUUACUGUCGCCUUCCUGUCAGCUUCAGCUAGUCUGGCCAUUCUCCUUUGACCUCUUUCAUUAACAAGGCAUUUUUCACCCACAGAACUGCUGCUCACUGGAUGUUUUUUUGUUUACUGCAUCAUUUUCUGUAAACUGAAAAGACUACUGUGCAUCAAAAUUGCAGAGGAUCAGCAGUUCCUGAGAUACUCAAACUACCCCAUCUGGCACCAUGGUCAAAGUCACUAAGAUCAUGUUUCGUCCCCAUUCUGAUGUUUAGCCUGAACAACCGAACCUCUUGACCAUAUUUACAUGCUUUUAUGCAUUGAGUUGCUGUCACAUGAUUGGCUGAUUAGAUAUUUGCAUGAAUGAGUGGGUGUACAGGUGUACCUAAUAAAAUGGGCUUUGGUGUAUGUCCAGGUUUGUUGAUGGCAUGGAACUGGGUGGCAGUGUGAGCUAGAGGAGGAUGCAGCAAGGCUUCAUGACGUGGGCAAGCUAAGUGAACGGGCAGGGAUAUGGCAGACAGGAUAUAAUGUGAAAAAAUGAGAAAAUCUGUGAAUAUUGGUAGAAACAACUAUGAAGAUGGGUACAUUGUAAAUGGUGAGAGGCUGAAAGAUGUUGAUGCACAGAGAGACCUGUACACAAGUUAUGUUGAAGUUGUGUAAGACAUUGGUGAAGCCUGAUUUGGAGUAUAUGUGCUGUUCUGUUCAUCUAACUACAGGAAAGAUAUUAAUAAGAUUGCAGAGAAAAUUUACAAGGACUUGAGGACCCGAGUUAUAGGGAAAGUUUGAUUAGGUUAGGACUUUGUUUCCUGGAGUGUAGAAGAAUAAGGGGUGAUUUGAUUGAGAGAUAUAGAUAGGGUAAAUGCAAGCAGGCCUUUUCCUCCAAGAUUGGCCGGAAUUAAAGGUCCUGGGUUGAGGGAAAAAAUCUUCACUCGGGGUGGCGAGAGUAUGGAACAAGCUGCCAGCGGAAGUGGUGGAUGCGGGUUCUGUUUCAGCAUUUGGAUAAGUACAUGGAGGGCCGUGGUCACCCAGACUAGGCAGAAUGGCAUGGACUGUAUCAGCUGUAGGUCCUGUAGUACUCUGUCUCUAAUGCACUGGCACAGCAAGCUUGUAGGUAAUUAAAUAGGGUGUAGACCUUUUUGCACGAGGAUUUGAGUAGAAGAGUAAGCAUGUGUUAAUGCAAUUAUGACUCCCUGGUGGGACCACAUCUGGAACACUGUGUGCAGCUCUAGGGUUUCUACUGGGAGGAUAUACCUGUGAUGGAGGGAGUCCAACAAGGAUUCAUCCCUGAGAUGGAGGGUUUGUCCGACAAGGAAAGGUUAGUAAGACUAGACCUAUACUGUUCAAAAGUCAGAAUAGGGAGAAGUGAUCUCAUUGAAACACAAAGUUCUUACAGGACUUGACAGUAGAUACAGGGAACAUAGAAUAGUACAACACCGGACAGGCCAGUGGUCCAAUCCUGAUGCCAAUGUCCUCCUCUUGUGUAUUAUGCAUAUCUCUCCACUCCCUUCACAGUCACAUAUCUAUCUAAAAGUCUAUUAAACUCCACCAAGCUGCCUGAUUCCACUACCGCCUCCAGUAACCUAUACCUAUUC